AUGGCAAAGAACGAGGAGAAGAAGAAAGAAAAGAGAGUGUGUGAGAAGAUCUUCAGAGCAGUAACGAGUCCUGUCCGAACCGCUCGCCGCAUCUCCACCAAACCUUCACCGAACCACCCAGCAGAGGCUGUUCACGUCAAAUUCUCAGAGACAAAGAUGGAACCGAAGAAGACGUUGAUCGCUCGAGUGGAGACGAGGAUGAAGACGGACGAGAGGUUCACCGAUUAUAUAAAGAAAGCGAAGCUGAAGAUAAGGGCAAUGACGAAUCUAGGUGAUAUGACGAAGGACGAUGCGUCCGCGACAAGCGAAACAGAGACACGUGAUCGUCAUCAUCACCACCACCAUGUUCCUAUCUCUCGUGUGUCGAGAGAGAAUAGCACUAGCAGUGGGAGAUCAUCAGAUCAGUUCUCUGAUUACAUCAAAAGGGCAAAGAUGAAGCUCAGGUCCUCCUCCACCAUCGCCAAUGCUAACCCGACUUACGAUUCUUUCAAGAACUGA